UAUUUUUGUUUCUGACACAUCUGAUCGAAUUGGAAAAUAUAUAUUUUUUGCAUAUCUACCGUUGUUAUAGAAACACAACCUCUUGUUUAUUUUGUGUGGAAACCAAGCAAAAACAACCGCCAAAAUGCCGAAGGUAUUAUUCCAGAAGUACAAGAAGGUGGAGACCACCAUAGACCCGGACCGCUACAAAGCCAAGUUCAAGGAGAUUGAAAAAGAGCGGCAGUCCCAGGCGGAAUCGGAUUUCUUUGAGGAGGAGGAAGCAUAUUACGAGGAGGAAAUGGGGGAGGUUGAGGACAGCGAGAUCAGCCUGUCCGAGGGAGAGCCUGCCUUGAAUAUUGGAAAGAUUGAUCUGUCGUUUCCGGAGACAGUCGAGGAGUUCCAGGACAGUCCCCAGUGCUAUCCAGUCUCGUACUAUACGCUGUCGCCGAAGGAGCGACUGCUCCUGCUCUAUGCCGAGAACUUCCGCAAGCAGUGGGUUCUCACCUAUCCAAAACGCCGGGCCAUGGUCCUGGCGUUGCCCAACGAGUGCAGAGUACAGAAGUUCGUGUGCACCACCAUCCGGCCCACGGCGUUUAUUUACCCCGAACUCAUAUCCAGCAUCGAGCAAAUUGCCAAGUUUGUUGCAGAUUUCAUUCAGUACGAGCCACUGGAAGAUCAAAUAAAUUUGCCAACUCGCCUCAUUUCGCCCGACACUUUGUUGCGAAGACGGAGGGGGAACUCCUACGAAAUGGCCACCCUUUUGGUCAGCAUGCUAACGGGGGCAGGACACCCCGCCAUGGUGGUGUCAGGGGUGGCCCGGGAGGAGAUCGUUGUCAACGACCAGCUGGCCAUUCCGUAUCCCUAUCCGAUAGUCGAGGUCGAGGCCGAAGAGGUACCGCCGCCCGUCGAAAAGCAGGGUCAGAAGUAUAAGCUGCGCGGAUUACCCGAUCUAACGAGUCAUCUCGAGGAGGAUAUGGCCGAGGUGCACAGGCUGAAGGAUGCCGAAGAGAAGCGGGUGCAGGACGAAAUUAUCAGGAAGCAAAUGGAGGAUCUUGAGCUGCUGGCCGUGGAUCGCCACCAUUACCGGCGCAGUCAUGCUUGGGUGGUGAUCAUCAACAAUGCACCUUGGAGUGUGAAGCCCAAGACCACCUACACCGACGUAAAUGGCGAUGUGGUGGAAGCUCCUCCCACCGCCUUGUUCAUAGAGCCUUCCACGGGCUUUAUAUGCGAGACUGGUUGUAAGCAGUACAUCCUGAUAGAUAGCGUAUGGAAUCAGUACAACUACUAUGUCAACAAGCAGAAGCACCAGAGGGUCGGGGAACUGCGAUGGGAUCUGAGGGAAACCAAUGAUUGGGAGCACAUGCUUCCGGGGGAACCACCGGAGAUGCGAGUCUACAAAGUCGCCUCCGACGAGAACAUAACCGAAGAAGACCGGGACAUUGCCGAGGAGAAGCAUCUGGACUGCAUCGGCUCCUGGGUGGAACGCCUUCACAUCGGAUUGGCCGACUACGAGCAACGGUUCCCUAGCUCCGAGAAGAAGAUCCAGUACAAGGGGGCCAUCCACGAGAGAUUCUCUCCGUAUUCCCAGCGGGACGGCAAGGUGAUGCAACUGACCAUUUACAACAACGACGAGUGCACGGAUCCCAAAGUGCGGUAUGAGUAUUACGAGAAUCGAUCGGAUUUGAUGAGGCAUGUAAAGUAUACCUAUGCCACCGAUCAGUUUGAGGAAAUAUUCCUCAAGGGCCGUAAUGACAGUUUGAAAUCUAUGGAAUACUUCUCGGAUCCCAUGCAAACUCGACAUGUGUACUUCUAUUCUGGUUCCAGGAUCGACUCCCUGGACUUGAUGGUUGUCAACCCAGAGAGUUUGGUCCUCCAUUACAAGGGUCGUUGUGACAAAUGCUGGUACAAGGAAUUCGAGUUUACUUCGAAACACAUCCUCAAAAAAGUAACUGAGAAGUUCCACAAAGCCAGUGCCCAUGAUGUGGGAACCACUGAUAUUGCCACUCGAAUAUUUCUGUUUCAACAAAAUAAAAUUAUCUUAAAGUUUCAUUAUACUUUCGGAGCACUUACAGCCACCACUGUGGAGUUUACAAAGCCCCCUCGACCAGAUUACGGCAAGGAACUUGUUUACGAUGAGAAGCUAACGAAAAUAUACAAGGCAAAUCCUCUAGAUCCUACUCGCACUAAUCUGGAGCUGUACAGGUUGCUGCGCGAACAACUCGCCUACGAGGAUCACUUGAGGAAAAAUUUUGAAAAAAUCAACGAAGACAUCAACAAUAUCUUCGACUUGCGGAAGAAUGAAAAGUCCGAUCCAAAGCUCAAGUUCAGCAUAUUUGAUCCGCUGAGAAAUGGAGCAGCUAGAGCCAUUAGAAUGAAACAGUUUGAGGAGGAGGAGGAACUCAAGAGGGAAAUAGCCAGCAAGCCAGCUGAUUUCUUGGCUCCGUAUUUGGUGCCUUACAAGCACCAGGACGAACUAACCCCGGAACAGUCCUUACUGGUCUACAACUCCUGUCUCAAUGAUUUGAGGACCCGAUUCGUUAGCUUGCUGAAUAAUCUGCAGCGUCACUACGAAGAUCUAACCUCCGAGUCCAAGUCCCUUAAUCGGUUUCUCAACAAAUUCGAGAACCAAUUCGACAAUUACGAUUACAAGCGAUUGGUUCAGCAAUCCAAGAACCUGGAGCUCAAUAAGCGAAUGGUGCAACAGCGCUUGACCUUAACCCACGAGGAGUCCCAGAAGAAGUACGAAACGGUCAAGGCCUCGUUGCUCAAGGAUACGCGUCUGAAUCUCAAGAAGGAGGACUUGGUUAGAAGGAGCUCUUCAGCUUCCAAGUGAGAUGCUUUUUGCCGAAAAGGACCAUAAUAAACGUUACCUUACAGUAUUCA